AUGUUAGUUCUAUUCGCCGAAGCUUCUCCACCGCUAACCAAAGAUACGAUUGUCCUCGUGCUGCGGGUUUUAUGGACGAGAAGCAUGUUGGAGUUAAAAAGCCCAGAAAUGCCGCUGUAUGUGAUUGUGUUUAUGGCAUUUGAUAUUGGCACACCGGAACGAGCUGGAGAUGCGGAAGUGACUUUCCUUGAAGAACGUGAUGAGCUGUUUCUGAAAAGCUACGCUAGACACGCUUUGCUUUCACGUUACUAUAGAGCUCGAAGGAUGAUAGAGUCGUCAUUUGGAAUUCUUUGUAAGCGAUUCGUAAUCCUGCAGAGGGACUUACAAGUGGAACCAGAAAAGGCUUCUAAAAUAGUGGCUUCUCUCCUGGCCCGCAAACAAGACCUUUUGGAGCAAGUUCAACGCUUCGCUCCCCCAAGGAACAGUGCGUUGCCGGAUCGCUUCGCACCUCUUCAAAGGAUAGCUGGAGGCGGUGGCACGGAUUCAGCCAAAAUCGCAAGAGAUCGCCUCGUGCAAUAUUAUGAUAAUUUGUAAGG